CCGAGUACAAACUGGAGACAGAAAUAAAUAUUAAAGAAAUCAUAGCCCGACCAGGUAAAGGCAAAGGGAUGAAUUCCUACUUCACUAACCCUUCCUUAUCCUGCCACCUCGCCGGGGGCCAGGACGUUCUCCCCAACGUCGCCCUCAAUUCCACCGCCUACGAUCCAGUGAGGCAUUUCUCGACCUAUGGAGCAGCCGUUGCCCAGAACCGGAUCUACUCGACUCCCUUUUAUUCGCCACAGGAGAAUGUCGUGUUCAGUUCCAGCCGGGGGCCGUAUGACUAUGGAUCUAAUUCCUUUUACCAGGAGAAAGACAUGCUCUCAAACUGCAGACAAAACACCUUAGGACAUAACACACAGACCUCAAUCGCUCAGGAUUUUAGUUCUGAGCAGGGCAGGACUGCGCCCCAGGACCAGAAAGCCAGCAUUCAGAUUUACCCCUGGAUGCAGCGAAUGAAUUCGCACAGUGGGGUCGGUUACGGAGCUGACCGGAGGCGCGGCCGCCAGAUCUACUCGCGGUACCAGACCCUGGAACUGGAGAAGGAAUUCCACUUCAACCGCUACCUAACGCGGCGCCGGCGCAUCGAGAUCGCCAACGCGCUCUGCCUGACCGAGCGACAGAUCAAGAUCUGGUUCCAGAACCGCCGCAUGAAGUGGAAAAAAGAAUCCAAUCUCACGUCCACGCUCUCGGGGGGCGGCGGAGGGGCAGCGGCCGACAGCCUGGGCGGAAAAGAGGAAAAGCGGGAAGAGACAGAAGAGGAGAAGCAGAAAGAGUGACUAGGACUGUCCUUGCCACCCCCACUCUUCUCCCUCGCUCACCCCAACUCUUCCCCGAAUCACACACACUCUGUAUUUAUCACUGGCACAAUUGAUGUGUUGGGAUUUCCUAAAACCGAAUUAGGGAAUCAAACGUGGACCUGAAAGUCAGCUCUGGACCCCCUCCCUCACUGCACAACUCUUCCUUCGCCACGCGCCUCCUCCUCCUCUCCUCCUCCUCUAGCUCCCUCGCCAGCUCGUUCGGCUCGUCUGCAGGACCCUUCCCCCGCCCAGGCCUUGGGGGCUUGCUCCCUGAACCUCGCUUCAGACUCCGUAGAUUUCCCUCCCAGUCCCCCGCCCCCGUGCGCAG